AUGUCUGAGAGCAGAGGAGAACUUAUCGCCUGGGUCAACGAGCUGCUCCAGCUCAACUACACCAAGGUCGAGCAGCUGGGAACAGGUGCCGCUUAUGCCCAGAUUAUGGACUCCAUCUAUGGUAACCUUCCCAUGCAGCGUGUCAAGUUUGCAACCAAGCACGAGUAUGAAUAUCUCGGCAACUACAAGGUCCUCCAGACCUGCUUCACCAACCGCAAGAUCGACAAGGCUAUCCCUACUGAGCGCCUCAUGAAGUGCAAGAUGCAGGACAACCUCGAGUUCUUGCAGUGGCUCAAGAAGUUCUGGGAGCGCAACUUCCCCGGCGACCACUACGAUGCCGCUGCUCGCCGUGGCGCCGCCAACGAGCCCUUGGCUGCUGCCAACAGAUCCACUAGCUCACCCGCCAGGAGAGUCAUGAACAACAACGGAGCCAACCGCUCAAUGUCUGGACGUGGCUCGGGCGACCAUCUUUCUGCUCCCAACAGAUCGCUCCGUGGACCAAGCCCCGACCACUCUGUUAUUUUGGCGUUGCAGACGGAGCUUCAGGAGGAGCGCACCACUGUUGCUGCUCUUGAGAAGGAACGCGACUUUUACUUUGGCAAGCUCAGAGAUAUCGAGGUCUUGAUCCAGCAGGAGUCCGAGAGAAACCCUGACACCGCCGAGAUCCCCUUGUUGAAGGAGAUUCAGGCCGUCCUUUACAGCACAGAGGAGGGUUUCGAGAUUCCACUCGAGGAGCAUGCUGCGGAAGCCGAAGAAUACCCUGACGAGACCUUCUAA